CCCCACGCCCCCGGUGUCCGGGUGUGCCAGCCGCCACCACUGCCCGAGAGUGUGCGGCCCGGUCAGGAAGCGCCGAACGAGCCCGCUGCACGGCCAUCGUGGGGGAAGCAAGGCUUCUUAGUUCCACCACCCCUCCUAAGUGAAGGUUUCCGCCCCGGGAGAGGAGGUGGCGCCCAGCCUCGGCCGUCGCCUUCCGCUGGAGUGCAGGCUUUGGGACCGUCCAUUGUUGCCUGAGCGUAGGGGUGGGCGUGGCGUCUCCACCUCCUCCGGGAACACACUCGGGCCCACAGCACUCGCUCGUCCUGCGGAGCUGCGGCGCCAAGAUGAGCGAAGAGGAGAACCCAGCGAGCAAGCCCACGCCGGUGCAGGACGUGCAGGGCGACGGGCGCUGGAUGUCCCUGCACCAUCGGUUCGUAGCCGACAGCAAAGAUAAGGAACCCGAAGUCGUCUUCAUCGGGGACUCCUUGGUUCAGCUCAUGCACCAGUGUGAGAUCUGGCGGGAGCUCUUUUCCCCUCUGCAUGCACUUAACUUUGGCAUUGGUGGUGACAACACGCAGCAUGUGCUGUGGCGUCUGGAGAAUGGGGAGCUGGAACACAUCCGACCCAAGAUUGUGGUGGUCUGGGUGGGUACUAACAACCACGGGCACACUGCGGAGCAGGUGACUGGCGGCAUCAAGGCCAUUGUGCAUCUGGUGAACCAGCGGCAGCCCCAGGCCCGAGUCGUGGUGCUGGGCCUGCUUCCUCGGGGUCAGCACCCCAAUCCACUCCGUGAGAAAAACCGACGGGUGAAUGAACUGGUACGAGCGGCAUUGGCUGGCCACCCACGGGCCCACUUUCUGGAUGCAGACCCUGGCUUUGUGCACUCAGAUGGAACCAUAAGCCACCAUGACAUGUAUGAUUACCUGCAUCUGAGCCGUCUGGGGUACACACCUGUUUGCCGGGCCCUGCACUCCCUGCUUCUGCGUCUGCUGGCCCAAGACCAGGGACAGGGUUUUGUCCCCCCACCAGAGCCUGCACCCUAAGCAUCUGCCUUCCUGCUACAUUAAAUUCUCAUUCUUCAGUC